CUACUGCUGAGGGAGAAGUGCUGUCCUGCCUUCACCUUGGACAUUUGCCGAUGGAUAUGGCUGCUCGCACAAUACUAUGUCUGGCUUAUGCAUAAGCUCUACCAGUUUUUGGUUCCCUCAAAUCCUCCUUCAGCACAAGAAUGGCUGAUCUCGUCCGGCCGGAGACUGUCCUCCAGGACAAUGACGACCCUACCGAGCAGAGCAUCCUCACGCGCAUGGCCAGAUUCCGAAAGAAUCCUUUCAACUUCGCUCAUGAGAUUGCAUUGUUUGUGCGAGGGGUCGGCUGGCGGAGUUACGAUCAUGUCGUUGGCCAACCGGUCUUCUACCCCGGUUACACGGCCAACAUCAAAUCCGCAGUCAUGGCGUCUCCACUGUUACGUCGAAAGGUUGUAGAGUUGACAGAGGCCCGUUUGGCUAUAGAAGAGCAGGAGAGUUACCUCGAUGAGACCAGCCCAACAUAUCUGUCAGAUCGGGAAAAGCGUAGGCAUGAGAUCACGUCUCAAGUGCUCGAAAUUACCAGUGACAUGGUUGAUACCAUGAUGUGCAAGAUGGAGAGCAAACCAUAUAUUCGGAGCGCAUUCUACGUGACAACGCAGUUGCUCACCCGAGCUUACAGCGCCAUCCAUGUCUCCGAAGCCGAAGUCAAGCGGCUUCGCGAAGUCGCAACGCAAGCGGCAAAGAAGAAUCAAUCUAUUGUGUUCCUGCCGAGACAUACCAGCCACAUCGACUAUGUCACUCUACAUCUGAUAUGCUAUCGACUGGGUCUCACACUACCCGUCGUUGUCGCCGGAGACAACCUCAAUUUUCCCCUUGUAGGCAACUUCUUGCAGAGCUGUGGGGCAAUGUGGAUUCGGAGAAGCUUUAAUGACGAUCAGCUUUACGGCACCGUCGUCCAAGCAUAUCUUGAUACCUUGCUACAGAAAGGCUACAAUCUGGAAUGCUUUAUCGAAGGCACAAGAAGCCGGACUGGGAAGCUACUAGGUCCUCGUUUCGGUUUCUUGAGUUUUCUGCUCGAUUCUGUUCUGUCCGGAAGGACAGACGAUGCCUACAUUUGUCCAGUAUCGCUUCAGUAUGACAAAGUCAUUGAGGUGGACUCAUAUGUCAAUGAACUGCUGGGAAAGCCGAAGCAGAAGGAAAAUUUGGCUGGUUUCCUGUCCUCCUCAUCUGUCCUGUCACUCAAUCUAGGAAGGGUGGAUUGCAGAUUCCACGAACCUUGGAGUCUUAAACAAUUCAUCAAGGAACAAACGCAGCGUCGGGAUCAACCAGGCUACGAAGACUUGUCUUCGAGUGCCACAGAUUCUGGCACUCGGAUUCGGUUGCUCAGAACACUCGGCUACAAGGUCUUGUCUGAUAUCAAUGCAGCUUCCGUUAUCAUGCCCACGGCUCUGGUCGGCACGGUCCUGCUUACGCUUCGUGGUCGAGGCGUUGGCAAGUCCGAGCUGGUACGCAGAGUUGACUGGCUGUGUGCCAGAACAAGAGCAAAUGGCGGAAAGGUGGCAGAUUUUCACGGAAUGCCAACUUCAUAUGUGGUGGAGCGAGCGCUCGAGGUCCUAGGUCCCAAAAUGGUCGGUACGAUUGAUGGUCUAGCAGAAGAGACAUAUUAUGCAGUGGAUCGAUUCCAGCUUUCAUUCUACAGAAACAUGACGAUACACCUGUUCAUCUCGGAAUCCCUGAUAGCGGCAUCGUUGUAUACAAAGGUAAAGCAAGGUGGUGGCAGCGCAAACCAGAGGAUGAAGGAGACAGAACUGACGAGCAAGGUCACAUUCUUGUCUCAGUUAUUCAGGGGAGAAUUCAUUUUCCCGGCUGGGCAAGGUUUGAGACACAACCUAGAAGCAGCUGUGCAAGGCUUACUGCGCGAUGAUGUGCUCUCGGUCACUGAAGAUGACGAGAGAAUGAUUGGUCUGUCGGAUGCAGAACGUAAAUUGGGACGUGAGAACUUUGACUUUUAUUGCUUUCUUAUCUGGCCAUUUGUGGAUGCGGCCUGGCUUGGAGCGGUCUCUUUGUUGGUUCUAGUCCCACCAAGGAACUCAACAAUCACCUGGCUUGAUAUGCAGAAAGCGCAGAAUACUGCUCAACUUGGAGGAAGAACGCUUUAUCACCAAGGUGACCUGUCGUACUUCGAAGCGGUGAACAAGGAAGCUCUGAAGAACGCUUACAGCCGCUUUCAAGAAGAAGGAAUCAUUCUGGUGAGCAAGAGCAAGGAUUCUAAAACUCCAACCAUGGUUCGACUGGCUCCCGAGUGGACGCCGGAAAGAGAUGCCACGAGUGGCGAACUGAAAGCCAGUGGCCGGCUCUGGGAUUUUAUCGAAAGCAUUGCGCUCCAUCGGCGUGAAGGUAAGAACCGACGCGAUGGCGCAGCAGUGUCAACAAGGGUGUUGUCGUUAGCGGCCAAGCUCAACAAGCAGAUGUUCGAAGAGGCUGAAUCGUCUGCGGUCGAGGGUGUACAAGCGACUGUCAAGGAACGGAGGAGGCGGUCGAAGUUGUAGACUCUGAAAUGAGCCUUUGAUCUAUUAAGAGCGCCCUGCUGCCUCAUUUGGAUUGCUUGCUCGCCUGUCCUUACCAAUUGGACCUAUACGAUCGAUUCCCAGCGCCAACAGCUUCUAGUGUACUGUAAAAAGUGGAAUGCG